GUGCGCUUCCUCUCUGCCUCCUCCAAAAUGGCCGGCGAGCGGCUGGUGGUGGAGGGGAGAGUGAGUGCGGCGAGCUUCCUCCUCGGGGUGUCCGUCACCCUCCUCCCCGCCCUCACCAGCCGGUACACGGAGCGGGGACCCGGCCUACUGGGGAGUACCGGAGACCGAAUCUCCCUCACCGCCUUCAUAGCCGGACUCAAUGGACUCCUUCUCCUCCUCUACCGGGGGGCGCAUUACCAGGUGGCCAUCAGAGCCGCGUUCUUGGGCUUCGCCUUUGGCUGUGGGUUGGUGGUGGGCGUCAGCCAAUCGCCAUGGAGACACUUCGGAUGGUACGUGUGUUCUCUGUCCUUCUUCCACUACUCGGAAUAUCUGAUCACGGCGGUGAACAAUCCUAAAAGUUUAUCCCUGGACUCCUUCCUGCUCAACCACAGCGUGGAGUACACAAUGGCCGCCAUCUCCUCCUGGGUGGAGUUCACCAUCGAGAAAACCAUCUGUCCAGGCCUGAAGCAGAUCACAUGGCUGAGUGUCAUCGGACUGGUGAUGGUGAUCUUCGGGGAGUCUCUGAGGAAGUCUGCGAUGCUGACCGCCGGCUCCAACUUCAACCACAUCGUCCAGAACGAGAAGUCCGAGACGCACACUCUGGUCACCGCCGGCGUCUAUUCCUGGUUCAGACACCCUUCCUACGUCGGCUGGUUCUACUGGAGCAUCGGGACCCAGGUUUUGCUGUGUAAUCCGGUCUGUCUGAUUGGCUACACUCUGGCUUCCUGGAGGUUCUUCCGCGAGCGGGUGGAGGAAGAGGAGUAUUCUCUCAUCCACUUCUUCGGAGAUCAAUACAUCGAAUAUAAAAAGAAUGUUCCCACCGGAUUGCCGUUCAUAAAGGGAGUGAAGAUUGAACUGUAACUCGGCACUGCGGAACUUCCUGGCCUCAGGAACUAGUCCCCGCCCCCCGACAACCAGCACACGUGACACGGACCGCCCGACACAGAACAUGGACUGCCGCCCAACGGGAUACAUUUUUUUUUUUUUUUUUUUUCUUCUCUCCAAAUUUAAGAUUAAUAAAGGGUUACCAUGAUCCAGUCCAUAGAGGGGCAGAACAGGGGCUGAAGGUGAUCCUGAGGGGCCCCGGGGCCCGUCUGUAUUUCCAACAUAAAGAUCUGCAAAGGUGGGAUUACAGCGUAUAUACCGUAUACCAAGUCCUCCUGCCCUUUUUAUAUAUAAAAUGACAAAACUCU